GAUACCACUUAUCAAGUGAAGUGAAGUGAAGUGGUAUUUCUGAUACAAUACAAGACAGUGUUUGGUUUGGGUGGACAUAGUCACUUACUUACGUAUCAUCAUCCAAAAUGCUAACCCUCAAUCUCAAUUCCCUUUCUUCAACUCUUCCCUUUCAUCUCAAUUAUCCACUCUUUACUCAAACGCAACUAUUACUUCCUGCUAAUCUUAAUUACCCUUUUGCUAAUACACCUUCCAGAAAGUUGAGGAUUUUUCAGCUCAAGGCUGGAUUUUGGGAGUCAAUUAAAUCUGGGUUGAUGAAGAAUAACACCACACAGGUCAUCGAUCCAGAGUUAACAGAAGAAGAAGACGAAGAACCUCUACCUCAAGAGUUUGUGCUUGUUGAAAAGACUGAACCUGAUGGAACAAUUGAGAAAAUAUUAUUCUCUUCGGGUGGAGAUCUUGAUGUUUAUGAUCUUCAAGCCCUCUGUGACAAGGUAGGGUGGCCUCGUAGGCCAUUAUCGAAAUUAGCUGCUGCUUUGAAAAAUAGCUAUAUGGUGGCCUCUCUGUAUUCUAUAAGAAAGUCACCAGGGUCAGAGGGGAAUGAACAAAAGAUAUUAAUUGGCAUGGCCCGUGCUACAUCAGACCAUGCCUUCAAUGCCACAAUUUGGGAUGUCCUAGUUGAUCCAGGCUACCAGGGCCAAGGUCUUGGUAAAGCUCUUGUAGAGAAACUCAUUCGAGCUCUUCUGCAAAGGGACAUUGGUAAUAUUACUUUGUUCGCAGAUAGUAAAGUCGUGGAAUUUUAUCGCAAUUUAGGGUUUGAGGCUGACCCAGAGGGCAUAAAAGGCAUGUUCUGGUACCCAAAUUGAUAAGGAAGUUUUCUUUUAUGCUUUUUUACAUUUUGUAACACUGCAACCUGAAGUAUACAAGGUUAUAGCUGUGACAAGUUUGUAGUAUGAAAGUAUAAAGAUUGGACAUCAUGCUGUAAUUACUAUGUUAGGUUGUAGCAAAAUAUUCUUUCCCCCCAAAGUUUUAUUACUUUUUCAAACAGAUAAUGGUGAGGCUUUGGUUAAAGAACCAGUGUUAUUUUCUACUCUUUUUUUUUUAAUAAAAUUUUUGUCAUCUUGGAUGAAUGGUUGUAUAAGUGUGUAAGAGGAGUAUAGGUUUAUCAAGUAUCCUGAAAUGAGCGAGCAUUCAUCUCAUGGUUUGGGCGAGUAUGGGUCCAAUGUUUUUGGUCCUUUGUUGUAGUCUCCAAGUGUUAGUAUUAUUUUAUAGAUAAAUUGUUAGCGGUUAUUUUGUUUAA